AGAGAGAGAGAGAGAGAGAGAGAGAGAGAGAGAGAGAGAGAGAAUCCCAAGCUGGCUCCACACUCAGCACAGAGCCCCAACAAGGGGCUCAAUCCUGCAACCCUGGGAUCUAGACCUGAGCCGAAAUCAGGAGUCAGACUCUCAACUGAGUGAGCCACCCAGACACCCCUGUAGCUGAUAUUUUCAUAUUUUUUUCACCAUCCAGGAUCCAGUUGAGGUUUAUACAUCUCUUUUGGUUGUUUGACUUUAUGCUUUUAUUUAGUCAAGAGCAUUGGAAAAUUUCUGUAAAAGGAGAUUUUACAUACAGUUGAUGCAUGUGAACUAGUUGGUAUUAAGGUUUGAGGGGAAUGGUGAUAGUACGUUUCUUUUGGCUUCUUCCCUUUAGAAGCUCAAAGAUACUACCCAGUUCUGAUAUUUUUUCAGGUUAUUUCCUGUUAAUCUAGAUCCAUUAACAACAUUUGUAAUUAUGAGGAAGGCCAGGUAGAUUCGGAAAGGGAUUCAUACUUGUUUUCACUUGAAUGCUAUUCUUUAAUGUCUUUGGAGGAGUAUUCUUAUGCAUGUGCUUGUGUUUUUCCUACAUAGAAAGAAUUUUUUCUUGUAUCAGAUGAAUAUGCUUAUAAAUUGCCAUAAAUUGUGUGGUCUGUUCUUUUUUUGUGAAAUUUGGAUAUAAUGGCCUUAGCUGGAAGUUAGCAUUGAUGAGGGAGCAUAAGGCAAGCUAAGGGCCAAGCACAAGCUAGCACCACCCCCCUGCCCCCAAAUAUGUGAUAUCCCUCAGGCACUCUUGGCUGCCCAAAAACAAAGGAAAAAAAAAACAAAUGGUUAACUGAUAGAGAUCACAGUCAUACAGGACAUGGGUCUCCAUCAGUUUACAAAUACCUUGGUACAAUUACAAAAAGGGGGCAAUUUUAUCAAUAGCCUGAAGUCCAGGAACUCCCUACUAUCAUAAUGUUAAUGCUUUGUUAGAGGGAAAAGCAAUCUUAGUUUGACAAUAGCUAGGCCUCCAUGGAUUUUGUGAGUCUUUAGAAUAUGAAAAUCCCAUUGGAAACUUCCCCUUGACUUUACUUCCCACACACAACUCCCAGGUAUAUAACCAGUCACUCUUCACAACCCCAGUGCAGCUCUUUCUGCCCACAGCUCUGUCCCUGUGUUUUAGUAAAAUCACCUUUUUGCACUCAAGUUGUCUUCAAGAAUUUUUUCUUGGCCGUCAGCUCUGAACCCCCACCAUCACCACUAAACCUCAUCAGCAUGGUUCAACAAAAUGUAGCCUGGCAUUCAAGGUUCUCCAUAGUUUGGCCUUCAGCUACCUCUGUGUGAGAAGCCCCUGGUCCCUGUAGAAUCCAUGGAGCUCAAGAUUUUUGCAUUUGGAGACAGAAGAAGUGACCCUGGGGAAAGCAAAAAAGGCACCGUGGCAACCUGGUAACUCUGUGCACAGACCAAGACUGGUCAAAGGAAUGGAUUUUACAGAGGCUUACUCUGACACAUGCUCCACGGUUGGACUUGCUGCCAGGGAAGGCAAUGUUAAAGUCUUAAGAAAACUGCUCAGAAAGGGACGUAGCGUUGAUGUUGCUGAUAACAGGGGAUGGAUGCCAAUUCAUGAAGCAGCUUAUCACAACUCUGUAGAAUGUUUACGGAUGUUAAUUCAUGCAGAUUCAUCUGAAAACUACAUUAAGACAAAGACAUUUGAGGGCUUUUGUGCCUUACAUCUUGCUGCAAGUCAAGGACAUUGGAAGAUUGUACACAUUCUUUUAGAAGCUGGGGCAGAUCCUAAUGCAACUACUUCAGAGGAAACCACGCCACUGUUUUUAGCUGUUGAAAAUGGACAUAUAGAUGUGUUAAGGCUGUUGCUUCGAUAUGGAGCAAAUGUUAAUGGAUCCCAUUCUAUGUGUGGAUGGAACGCUUUGCAUCAGGCUACUUUUCAGGAAAAUGGUGAGAUCAUAAAAUUGCUUCUUAAGAAAGGAGCAGACAAGGAAUGCCAGGAUGACUUUGGAAUCACACCUUUAUUUGUGGCUGCUCAGUAUGGCAAGCUAGAAAGCUUGAGCAUACUUAUUUCAUCGGGUGCAAAUGUCAAUUGUCAAGCAUUGGAUGAAGCUACUCCCUUGUUCAUUGCUGCUCAGGAGGGCCACACAGAAUGUGUAGAGCUUUUGCUGUCCAGUGGGGCAGAUCCUGAUCUUUACUGUAAUGAGGAUGAUUGGCAGUUACCUAUUCAUGCAGCUGCACAAAUGGGCCAUACAGAAAUCUUGGAAUUGUUAAUACCACUUACCAACCGGGUUUGUGACACUGGGCCAGACAAAGUGAGCCCUGUUUACUCUGCAGUGUUCGGAGGGCAUGAAGAGUGCCUAGAAAUGUUACUCCAGCAUGGCUACAGCCCAGAUGCCCAGAUGUGCCUCAUCUUUGGGUUCAGCUCUCCCAUGUGUAUGGCUUUCCAAAAGGACUGCGAGUUUUUUGGAAUUGUGAAUAUACUUUUGAAAUAUGGAGCCCAGCUUAAUGAACUUCAUCUGGCAUACUGCCUGAAGUAUGAGAAAUUUUUAGUAUUUCGCUACUUUUUGAAGAAAGGUUGUCCAUUGGCACCAUGGAACCAUAUUUCUGAAUUUAUAAGUCAUGCAAUUAAAGCACAGACAACAUAUAAGGAAUGGCUGCCAUCUCUCCUGCUUGCUGGCUUUGACCCACUGAAUCUACUCUGCAGUUCAUGGAUUGACUCAGUCAGUGAUGACAUCCUUAUCUUCACUUUGGAGUUUACUAAUUGGAGGACACUUCCUCCAGCUGUUGAAAAGAUGAUCUCCACUCGUGCCUCAAACUCGUCUCGGGCUCUGCAGCAGCAUAUUGCCUGUCUUCCAUCCCUUACUCACCUUUGUCGUUUGGAAAUUCGGUCCUGUCUCAAACCAGAACACCUACGAUCUGACAGUUUUAUCUGUCAGUUGCCACUUCCCAGAAGUCUACAUAAUUACUUGCUCUAUGCAGAGGUUCUGAGGAUGAAUGAAGUUCCAGCACUGACAGCUAUUGAAGAUGGAGAAAUCAAUGAAGCUACUUAAUGCAGCUCCUGUCUUACUAUGAAAACUACCAAAACAAAGAGCCAUGCAGUACAAAUUCUUCAUGAUUUCAUAGUCAUAAAAGAUGAUUUUUGUUUGUGUGGUUGGUUAGGUUUUGGAGGGACAGUAGUUUAAUGUAAAUGUUUACAAUUGGGCUUUCUGGUAAAAAAUACUAAAAACUUCACUUAUGUUACUUUAUUUCAGAUUCACCAGCACAUUUUAUGUUGUAAAUUCAUUUAUGUAACUGUUUUCCACUUUAUUCUGUUAAUGAACUAUGAGGCUGCUUCUAGUGCUGAACAUGGCAUAUUUCCAUUUACAAUUCUGUGUUUACCUCGGGCUAGGAGCUUAGAAUGGACUGCAUAAAACUUUCCUGGAAGUGUACACAUAAUGGGGUUGAAGCUAUCAUCAUCAUCAUCAUCAUCAUUAUUAUUAUUAUUAUUUUAUUUAAGGUUGACUAUCUCUUAUGUUUAUAAAUAAGUCCAUUCUCAUCUCUUAAUUUGGUCAGUUCUAUGAAGAAUUGCCAUUCAUUGGCUUUUCACAGAUAAACUCAGGGGAGAAUUUUUUUUUAAAGAAUAUAGAAAAUGAAUAAUUUUGCUGUUGUUGUUAGUUUUACCCCACAGUUCCUUGAUACUGUCUUUGGUUAAAAGAAACUCCAUUUCUGCAAUGGCAAGAACAGAUCUAAACUCAAAGAUAGGCUCAGUUGAAAAAAAUUAGGUCAGUAUUGAAAUAAAUGAGCAUUUAACCACAUUUAGAGUACUAAUCAGGAGACUAACAGGGGCAUUUCUGUGGCACCAUCUUUAAAGAAAGAAAGCUAUGUAUUUCUGAGUCUCAUAGUAUCAAAUAAAACAUUCAAGCUCCUUUCAGCCUCUAUAUCAGAGGGCAGCUUUGAUCCUAUGAAGCAAUGACUGCCAGAUAUAUUCAUAUUAUAGUGUUUUUCCUUUUUAUUAUCUAGAUAGGUUAUAAAAUAGUCCUUGAUCCUAUGAAAUUCAGACCUCAGAAUCCUAGGGUAAUGAGACACCACCUCACUGGUUUUACAGUUGUUCAAUAUGAAUCUAUAGUCAGAGAGGACUAAACAUUGGAUCAGGAGAGCUACGGUAAGAUGCUGUCAGGACCAACCUUGAAAGAAAAUUUAUGAAAGCAUUACUGUCAUGACAGACAACUAGAAAUUGGGUCCAGAGGAGGGCAGGUCUUCUAUCCUGUUGGGAUUCUGUGGAUUGAAAUAGAUGGGAGUGUGUCAGGUGCAUCUCUGAAAGCCCUUUGCUAUUUGAUAAUAGCAGUGGAUGAAGUCAGACCAAAUGAUGGAAGCAAUGUUAAGGUCCAGAUGGAUGACUGAACUCCGUGCAGAUUAGAGCUAUAGUUGCUGCCUGUGGGUGGAGAUAGAGUUUGAAUGUGGGUAUACAGGCAGAAAUAAGUAUAGAUUUGGAAAACCAGGUGGAAAUUCUGAUACUUAAUAAAGAAAUUCCAAGGAUGUAUGUACUAUGUAGUAAUUUUUAAAUGUCCUAAUCUUUAUUUUUCCAAACUCCAAGUCUCUGAUUUUUAACAUAACUGGUUUAUUAUUACAGCUAGAUGCACAUAGAAUGUUUACAUUUGAGGGUGAAUCUUCUCGUGUUUUUGUUCAUGUUCAAAUAUGUAAUAAAAAUUAAACUAUCCAUAA